AUGGCUUCUGCUGCUGUGAUUCCCGCCGACGGCACCUGGUUCGACACUAUCAGGAGGUCAUUCGCCGAUGUCCCAAUCAACGACAACGGUAUUUCCACAACGGAGUUCCUCGAGGCUGCCGAAGCUUUGGUGAUGCUAUUUGACCUCCUUGGCUCCGUCGCAUUCACUCCGGUAAAGAACGACUUGCUAGGCAACAUCAAGAAAAUUCGUGACCGCCAGUUGGCAGCUCCAGCAGAAUCCGAGACUCUUCAGCAACUUGUUGUGAACGAACUCAAGACUGGAAAGCACACGGCGACUGAAGGCCUGCUAUGGCUGGUCCGUGGUCUCGACUUCACUGCCCAAGCCCUCCGCCUCAAUCUUUCCGAUCCUGCUGCUGAACUUUCUACUUCUUUCCGUGCUGCAUACGGCACUACCUUAAAACCACAUCACGGCUUGCUUGUCAAACCGAUUUUCAGUGCUGCCAUGUCCGCAACUCCUUAUAGAAAGGACUUCUAUGCCAAGCUUGGUCAGGACGCUACCAAGGUCUCAACUGCGAUGAACGUCGAAAUAACUGCUUUGGAGAAAGUAGUAGGAAUCCUCCAUGAAUUCCUUAAAAGUCCAGCAGCCAAAUGGUGA